AUGCUGUCUAUGGCGAUAGACAAUCACACAAAUAUAGAAUUCCUCAUUCUUCCAUUCUCCUCCAAGCCUGAUGAUAAACUUCUAAUUGUCUGUGUUUUCUCUACCGUUUACUUAUUGGGAAUUCUUAUGAAUUCAGUUGUUAUUGCAGUGAUCUGUCUGGAUGUGCAUCUAUACUCCCCAAUGUAUCUAUUCUUCUGUAACCUAUCGGUGAUAGACAUCUGCUACACCACAGUCGUUGUCCCUAAACUUCUACAUAUCCUGUUAUCGGGGAAUGGCUUGGUAUCCUUCACCCAAUGCUUCACCCAAAUGUACUUUUUCUUUACAGCAGCCAGUGCCGAGGUGAUACUUUUCUUUAUAAUGGGAUAUGAUCGAUACAUUGCGAUUUGUCAUCCCUUGCACUAUCACCAAAUCCUGAGUAUGAGGACCUGUACACUUAUUAUGGUCAUCAUGUGGGUUUGCGCCUUCAUAAACUCAUCAUUCUAUAUUAUUCCACUUCUGAAUGUAACAUUUGAUCGGGUGGUCAGUCUUCAUCAGUUCUUCUGUGAUGCUAUAACUGUAUAUAAUUCUUCCCAUGGUGGUGCCAAUGACUUUUUUGUUGUUAUCUGUAUAGAAUGUGUAUUAUUUGGGCUCUGCCCAUUCUUUUGCAAUUUGGUAUCAUAUAUUAAAAUCUUCUGUGUCAUUGCACAUAUUAAAUCCGAGGAAGGAAGAAGAAAAACCCUUUCCACGUGUUCUUCCCACCUCAUCGUCAUGAUGAUCUACUACUCUACAGGAGGAUCACACUUCAUGUCCUCCUUCUACCACACAGGAGAUCUACUCAACCAAGUCCUGUCCAUGUUCUACUCUACAGCUGUACCAAUGAUAAAUCCAAUUGUUUACAGUCUACGCAACAACGAAAUCAAGAAAGCUCUUCAGAGGUUUUGUUAA